CGGAGCCUUCGCUUCCGGUUCCGGUCUCGGCUCAGGAUUGGAUCGGGCUCCGGUUUCGCGAGGCCGGGGGAGAUGCUGCUGGCACCGAGGGGGCGGGCCUGGGCCACUUUACUGAAACUCGCAUUUGCUGCCCGCACCAUGGCUGGAGAGCCCACAGUCUCGCUCCCUGAACUCCGUUCGCUCCUAGCCGCGGGCCGGGCCCGGCUCAUCGACGUGAGAUCUCGGGAGGAGGCGGCAGCUGGGACGAUCCCUGGGGCGCUCAACAUCCCGGUGUCAGAGUUGGAAAGUGCCCUGCAGAUGGAGCCAGCAGCUUUCAAGGCUUUGUACUCUGCGGAGAAGCCAAAGCUGGAAGAUGAGAAUCUUAUUUUCUUCUGUCAGAUGGGCAAGCGGGGAUUGCAGGCCACGCAUUUGGCCCGGGGCCUUGGAUACAAAGGGGCUCGGAACUACGCAGGGGCCUAUAGAGAAUGGUUCCAGAAAGAAGGUUAGGUUGAAGGUGGCCUACUGAAUGCUCUCUCCCCUCUGCCCAUGGCCACCUUAACUAAGAGUGAUGAAGGGGCUGACUUACUGAGUCUGGCAACUCCUUAUAGUGCUGUGCACUCAAAAGCAUCAAAUAAAAAGCAUUUAAUCAAA